AUGGAUGUGCAACAACUCUUCAGAAAUCUUCAGAAAGAAGCAGAGUGUCCACUGUGUUUAGAGACAGUCAACAAUCCCAAGACUUUGCCAUGUCUUCACUCAUUCUGCCUUGAGUGUCUCGACAAACAUGCAGGCUUCGUAAGAAGACAGCUUCAAACAACAAUCACAUGUCCGGUUUGUCAGACAUCUUUUCAAAUUCCUGAAGGAGACUCGUUCAAGAACUUGCCCACAUCUUACCAUCUCAACCGACUGGUGGAUGUUCUCGCUCUUAAAGAUGGCGGCGCACAGGCCCAAAAAUGUGGCAGUUGUGAUGAGAACAACACCGCUUCCUCUUACUGUUUCGUGUGCCAGAACUUUCUCUGCACUCCUUGUUUUGAAGCUCACCAACGCUUGAAGGCCACAAGAGGUCAUCGUAAUGUUGUGAUAGAGAAAUUGCAAGCACAAGAUUUGGAGGAUUUGAUCCACAGACCCGUCAUGUGUUCACAGCAAUAUCACGAAAAUCAACCGCUGGAAUUUUAUUGUGAAGAAUGCAAAGUUCCUAUUUGCCACAAGUGCAGUGUAGUUAGCCAUAAUCGACACACUAUGACAGACACUCAGAAAGCCGCACAAGUACAGAAGAUGCAGAUGAAGGACGCUUUGGAGAAAGUGAAAGCGGAAACCGUUGUUUACGAGAAAAAAGUACAGAAACAAACCGAGUUAAUGGAUAGGAACAAGAAAGAAAUUAUGUCGUGCGAAAAGAAGAUGACUGAUUUAGUGGAAGAUUUGAUUCGCGAUUUGCGGGAACAUGAGAGGGUCAUGAAAACCAAAUUUGCUGAAAUUUAUGAAGCGCAACAAAAACAUCACGCAACACAACUAGAAAACUUUGAGUUGGUUUUGACUCAACUGAAAAGUUGCGUUGAACGAGGUGAGAGUAUCGUACAAAGAAACAUCAGUGUUGAAAUUCUGCAAACAAACCCAGGUAUCAUUAAACGCUGUGAAGAACUUCUAAAAGCCAGAAAGCCUGACAUUUAUAAGCCUUCACACGUAAAUUAUGUGGUUGAACAGAAAGUGAAGAUUUUGGAUCGUAUUGUUGUCAGUGACACAUAUCCUUCGCUGUCGUUGGCUGAAGUGGCAACUCUGAAAGAUGUAAGAGAAAAGACGGAAACAAAUUUUACCAUUGUAACCCGAAAUUCGGAUGAGAAACGGUGUUAUCAGGAAUAGGAUGUGAUUAAAGUCAACAUAUUAAGUCCCGCAGGUGAUCAACUGGAAACAGAGAUAAAAGACACCAAAGACGGCAAGUACACAGUAACAUACAUACCACAGUGUGUUGGACAACAUAGAGUAGAGAUCCAAGUUAAUGGACAGCCGCUGACUGGUAGUCCAUGGUUUGUUCAGGUGAUUCCGCAUCAGUAUCAAUUUGCGUUUCAAUUUGGAUCUAAAGGAAGAGAACAAGGACGGUUUAACUCACCUUGGGGUAUUGCUGUGAAUGAUAAAAGUAGAACACUCGCUGUUGCUGAUUUUAAUAAUAAAAGAAUUCAGAUGUUUGGCUUUGAAGGAAAUUUCCUGGGACAGAUUGCCUUGAAUGGUAAACCUCGUUCGUUGACUUUUACCGAGUCAGGUGACCUCCUUGUUUGUGCUUUGCUGGAGGUGUGGAGCUGGAGAAUUUUCCUCUUUACUGAAAAUGGUCGGUUUAUGAGCAACUUCGGUGGUGAACAUGUUAAGGCACCGUACUACAUAUCUGUUUCCAGUGACGGUCGCAUUAUCACAAGUGACUUUAAUGACAACAGAAUCAAAGUUCUUACACCUGAUGGGAAAAACUUACUUCAGUCGUUCAAAGCCCCAGGUUGUCAUGAAGACCCGGACUUUAUCGUUUAUAACCAGGAAAAAUUCUUUGCUUCUUUUUCUCUUGCUUGCUGUGUCAUGGUAUUUAACAACGCAGGGGAGUAUCUACAUGACAUUGGCAGCAAGGGAUCUGGUGACGGGCAGUUCUUGAAACCCAUUGGUCUCGUCAUUGACAAGUUUGACCGUUUGAUCGUUUGCGAUGCUGAGAACAAAAGACUGCAACUUUUCUCUCUUGAUGGAAAGUAUAUCACUCAGAUAGCUGGGAGUUUUUUUGAGGGUGGCUUCCCUCGCGAUGCUUUCAUCUCCAAUACUGGAUAUUUGUUUGUUUCUGAUAGUGACCGAAACUGUGUUCAUGUUUUCCAUUAG